AUUUGUCAUCGAUCUUCUUUGAUCUUCAUCUUCAGGAGGAGACUUCCCGUCAUCCCGCUGCGGGCCGGUUGCCAUGGUAACCCUGUAUCCCGCCGCUGGCCGCGCGCGCCGCAGUGAGGAGAGCGGAGGGAGACGGUGAGUCACCGACACCGAGAGCGGCGACCGACGGACCGGAGACAGACACCCGGUUAGCCCCGUUAGCCUGUUAGCAUCCCCGAUGCUACAGAGGGGGGGACCGCGGAUGAGGGACCGAUGACGGCAACAGCCGCAGUGUCGCUUCGACCUGAGACGACGGAAACAGCAAUCAGAGCAUCAGUGUUCAAGAUCCGCAUUGUUGCUUCAACCUGAGAGACAACAGCAACCUCAUCAAGGUGCAGCAACCUCAUCAAGGUGCAGCAACCUCAUCAAGGUGCAGCAACCAGACUGUUGCUGCUGCAGUGUUGCUUCAACAGACAUCCAGCAACUACACCUGCGGCAACUUGUAUCCUCCUACAACUGUUGAUUUUAUUGACCACCAUGUUGCUUCCUCCGAGAGACAAAAGAGCAACCCGAGCAAUUAUAUAAACAGCAACCAGCAGCCAGCCGUCACUGUGUUGCUUCAGUGUGAGAGGAUUGAAUCUGCAACUGCAACUCAACCGACUCUGCCCGACUCAUCCAGCAGGUCUUCAGGCUGGACAGAUGGACGUCCUCUCAGAGCGUCAGACUGAUCAGCUGAUCUGGAAUCAGUCAGGUGACGGCCUCUGGUCUAGUUAAGCCCCGCCCACCAUAGCCCCUCCUCCUGGUUUAAGUGAAGAUAAAAAGAUGAGUCUGUUGAAGGAGGCGGAGCCUGCUCGGGGGAUGGAGGGGAAGGUGCAGACCUGGGCUCAGUCUCUGGUUUACACUCUGGAGGAACUCGAGUGUAAAAUCUGCUACAACCGCUACGACACUCGCAGCAGGAAACCCAAACUGCUGGGCUGUCUGCACCGAGUCUGCGCCAAGUGUCUGAAGAAGAUGGUCGACAUGGGAGAGUCUUCACCCGCCAUCAGCUGUCCUUUCUGUCGCCACAAGACUCACGUCCCGGACGAAGAGGUGUGGCUGAUGGAGGACGACCGACACAUCCUGGCCGUUCUGUCGUGUCAGGAUCGAGCCCGGCGAGGAGGAGGAGGAGGAGGAGGAGGAGGAGGGGGAGGAGGGGAGGUGGUGCUGAGUCCAAACAGUCUCACUGGUAAAAUAAUUCAAGGAGGAGGCGUGAACCCGUCUCACCGCUCCUCCGACUGUCUCGUCAUCACCAUCAUGGAGCUCCCGGAGGAGUCUCCGUCCUCGGACUCACUGAGCAUGCUCAAUGUGGUGGGUCUGUACCGCCCCCCCAGCCUGGACUCCCUGCCCUGCAACCUGCCGGCUCAGAAGUGUCGCGCCUGGACGUCCCGCAGCUUCCCGCGCUGCCUGCUGGGGGCGCUCUGCCUGGUGUACUUCAGCUCACUUCCUCUAGGGAUCUACCUGCUGAUGAUUGGUCAGCUGUGGCUGGGCGUGGUCCUGGUCAGUCUGGUCCCCUCCACGCUGCUGCUGCUCGUCCUCUACGGCUUCUGUCAGUGUCUGUGCCACGAGCUGAUGGAGGCGCUCGCCGCACGCUCGCACACGCUGCCAUGACCACGACACAACACACGCCGCUUACACCAUACACUGCCAUGACAACAAGACCAUGCAUGCUGCCAUCACAACGACACACUGUAGACUACUCUGAUGACAACAGACGUUGCCAGGACGACGACAAAACCAGCUGCCAUAAUGACAACAACGACACGACACGUGCUGCUAUGACAACGACAGAUGAUGCAACAUGUUGACGGUCAAAACGCUCUCAUGAUUUUAAGGCACGUAGGCUGGGACAAACACAGACAGUAUAAAAAUAUGGACGACAUCACUGCUACUCAAAAGUGAAGCCAAAACAUUUGGAGCUCCCCCCGCUGACAGGCUGCAGUAUAGGUCAUAAGCCCCGCCCCCUCCAUGUUAACAGAUG